AUGACGGUAUACAGUCUCUAUAUUUACGAUAGACACUGCACCUGCAUCUACUAUCACGACUGGUCCCGCACAAAACGUCCAAAACCCGCAAGCAAAGAUGGCCUCCUCCCAGCCGUCUCGCGAGCGGUAUCAUAUCAACCACCAACCGCAGAUGGUGCACCUCCACCGAUGUCAACGUUCAGUAGCCCAAGGAACACUCUCGUAUCAAGCUCUGGCGUAGUAGUCGCAUUGAACGAAGAGCCAGAGCCUACCAACUUGAAACCGCCACCUUCAAGUUCGGGCUCUCAGAAUCAAGCUCCUCCAGCUCAGCCGGGAAGUGCACUUGCUUUUGAUGAAGAGGUCAAGCUGGUUUAUGGAGUGAUUCUGUCGUUACGGACUAUGAUGAAGAAACUCUCAAAGCGCGACGAGAACUUCACAUCCUACCGCACUUCAUCCUACAAACUCCACCUCUACGAGACCCCAACACUGUACAAAUUCGUCCUCCUCACAGACCCCAAAGCCGAAGGUCCCACAGUCCGGUUCGCACUCCGCCAGAUGUACGCAGGCCCGUUCCUCGAAUACGUCGUGCGCAACCCGCUGGUAAAAAUGGACUCACGCGAACGCGGGGUUGAUAAUGAAUACUUUCGAGCGAGUGUAGAUCGACUUGUUAGAGGACAGGCGUUCUUUAAUUGACGUCUUUUGCUGUGAGUUUCCCAUUUCAUGUGCAUCUGCGGCCGCCGACAUAAACGCACCGUUUAUCAGCAUAUACCGAGGAGACUAACGGACGUGCCUUGCUCACGCAAAGUUCACAAGCAUCUCAACAUUCUAAGGGUGUUCCAUGGUAUGAUUCUCGCGACGCGAAAGGAGCUCGGAAUGGAACAAUGGCGUGGUAAAUAAGACGGGACAGGAGACUGGAAAGUGCCGGCGGCGGGAAGUGCAUAUUCGAAGAUCACUGUAUGCAGCAAAGCACGAUGGAUUCUGGAUUAAUUGACACGAAGUGUCGCACUACUACAUACAGAUAGCCCAUUCAUGUUGUCAAUAGUUCCUGUAUCUCACUACCAGACUCCACUAUAGUAGGUCUAAAUAUACAAAUAAAAUUUCAAAC